AUGGGCGAACCGAAACCCGCCUCGUCUCCGCAGCCAAACGGCGGCGUGAAACAGAAGCCGACCAGUCUGAACCUAGCACCGGGUCCCGGUUUCUAUCGCAAUGUCAACGGACGUGCGAGCCUGAAUGAUCGUCAUCUACAGCACGUCACCGCUGUCGUCGGCGGUGAACGCGGCGCCACACGCGUCAACAACAAGUCCGCCUCACCAAGCCCUGCCACAGCAGUCAACAGUACCGAGUCCGGUGGCAAUACAACAAUCACCGCCGUCCAGUUACCAGCUCUACCAACAGUACCACCAUUAUCAGCAUUAUCUUCAGCGUGGUCGUUGUCUGCAGAACUUGAAAAUUUGUUGGAACCCCCGCCCCCACCGGCCCCUACACAUCCCGCGACCACGCCUCGAGCAAACUCCGUCAACGACCAUCAGCAACACCAACAGCAGCAACAGCAACAGCACCAGCACCAGCAACAACAACAACGUAACAACGUACAGUCGUCCCCGAUCAACCAGUUGCCCACCCGUAGCCCGAGUCACAAUGGUCACGGAUUCCCAUUGUACACCCCACCAGCCCCGAUACCAGCAUCCGGCGCAAAUAAAAUUCGCUCUACUCCCAAUGGUCUACCCCAACCAACAGCACCGAGACGUCCUCAUAGUAUUGCCGCUCCACCAUACCACCAUGUCGCAAGUAUCCACCACUCCCUUGGUCAGCUCGCUGGCCGAGCAAACGCAACGUCAUCACUAUCAUCAUCAGCAGCAGCAACAUCAUCAUCACCAAAUGGCGCAGCAGCAACACCAUCAUCAACCAUCGCACCAGGAUCAACAGCAUCACCGUCAUCGUGGAGCACCGUUGGCCCACCAAGCACAACUACAUCCUGUGUACCAGGGAUGGUACAACGGCGCGCCCAUUCGGUCGCCAGCACUCCAGUAUCUCUACCAACCGGCGGCGGUCUCAACAAUGGCGGCAUCAAUGGUGUCAACGGUCAACAGGAGCCACGGGGCGGCGGCAGCAACGGUGCAUCCGUCAACGGUGCAAUGGGACCCACGACUCGCAGCGUUAUACCACCCCAGUCUCUAUGGAACGGGCAGCUUCAACAACCCGUACCUAGGCGGCCUCACAGCAUCGCCUCGACACCCGUUACAACUACAACAAGCAUGCCUGCAACAGCUCCAGCAACACCAGCCAGCGGCGGCGGUGGCGGCGGCUGCCUACCAUCGUCCGCUCGUACAACAGUCGAGCCUAUACAAUGGGGUUCCUCUGGAAUGGUGUUGCACCAACCCAUACCUCGCAGGGCGUACGCUUCGACCCUGCCACAUCCCCAGCCACCUACGCCCACGUCACAAGGGCCCGCUCUGAGCAUUCUGACGAAUCCAGGCAACUCGAACACGUGGACACCCGGCGCGGCUCUACGACCCAGGCCUCACAGUAUUGCUACCACCCCUCAAACCGCUCCGAUGCCGCCCGCCUCGCCGUCGGAUUCCGGUUAUCGAUCCUUACCAUCUGCCGCCAGCGAUUACCAGAUUCUCAAGUCACCGUCGAGAUCUCAACAGCAGACGCAACAACAGCACCAACAACAACAGAAUCAUCAGAGCGCUGUGCGCCGACUAUCUCUGCCAUCUGCUCAGACUCUUCUUCGCGUUACCGCGCCCAGACCCAGCCCGACGUUUCACGGUCUACCGUUCCGACCAUUUAGCUGCGGCGUCUCGCCGAACGGGAACCCAAUCUUUUUGGGAUGCACUCAUCUGCACACAACAGGCAGCCCAGGCACCGGCAGUACCGGAACCAGAACAUCCACGCCGGCUACCAGCCCUGCGACACCGCUCACCACAUCGCAGGCGAUACAACAGCUGCUCGCACAGCCGCGUAACGGCUUCAAGAUAGUCGACGAUAAGGUCUCGCUCUUCAUUGAAAUCCUCGACACACAGGAGAGGUUCGCCAAGGUGACUGUAGAAGAGACGCAGGUACCGUCCAUUAAAAAAACAUGUGAGACUAUCAAGAUCAAGAACUGUGCUGCACAGACCCUUAAGGAUAAUGAUACAUCUUUGUUGCAGUCACAUGUUCUGGUAUAA